AUGCAUACUAGUUAUACAGGAAUACAUACAUAUGUUGGGGCUUGUUUGUCAAAAUAUGCACUUUCUCAAAAUUUUCGCACUUUCAAAGUCUGGCGGCGGCAGCUCGUUAUCCCUUUUCUAAAGAAGAAAGCUAUCUCUUAUUACGAUCCACAACGGAGCGUAUGGAGUGAAAAUAUGAUCUAUGAAGAGAGUAUUGCCAAGGAAAGGUCUUCUCUGUUUCUUUUCGUAAUAGACCCCGCAACUGUCAAUGCGACUUCAUUCCUCGAGAUCGCCUACUUCGCGGCUAGGAAGUCACCUAAAUUAGUGGUGGUAUUUCUUGGGAAGACGGAGUGGAAGCAAAAGGCUCAUCCGGACGAUCUACCAGACCGGAAUAGGACUUGCGUGCUACUUGAUAGGAUUCUGGAUGCGCAUAAUGUGCCCAUGUUGUACAGCAUACAAGACGCCCUAGACUAUAUUGAAGAGGAAAUAAUUGGCAGUAAACGUUGGACGGAUGCUCUGCAAGUACCAUGCCAACGUCUGUCCUUUCUUUCCCUUCGAACCAAAAGAGUCGCUCGAGCUGCUCAAUUCCGAGCUAGAAACGCUUGGUUGCGGAUGAUUUCCUACGCACGACACGUCACAUUGGCCUGUGCAGCAGAUACAAUCAUCUUCAUCGUCUGCCAGAUGGUUGCUCCAAAUAUCCCAUUUUAUUUCAUUCUUCUGCCUCUGAUAUUGCUCAAUAUUAUUGUCAUAUUCGCUACUGAACGAUUCCAACGAUACCGAGCUCGUCGUCCGCGGGCCGUGGCUGACUCUUCUUAUUUCCCCUUGCGAGCAUCUGCGGCAAUUCCCUCUCCGCGAAUGUCGACAACCUUGCAACCUCUCCAUCCUGUACAUUCUAAGAGCCAUUUGUUACGUUCAAAACGAUUCUGUGAUGGCAUCAUUGAUGACGGAUUCUCUCUUUUCACUGUGCCAGAAUUGUCACGACGGCGAUCACAAAAUGGACGGGUGAAUAGUGCACUUACUCCGGCACAUAUUGAGUUGGCAUCCAGCGCUCUUGAUGAUACAUCUUGGGUGACUCGAGUGGUGAUACCGUAUAUGGACCGCAACAAUCUGCGAUAUUCUCGAUUUUUGGUGAUGAAUGAUGUUGAACCAGAAAAUCGAAUGAAGUGCCUUGUGACAUGGUCUUCUCAAAUAAAACAUUUUCUCUAUCAUAUUCCAUCUACAAAAUCGUUCCUCUCAGGGAUGGUGGAAGUAGCGUAUAUGUUAGGCCACACUAACUGGCAAGUAACAGUCUGUGUGCCGAAGGAAGCCGAAUGUCUGGAAGCACCGACAACUAACGAGGAUGAGGUAGCACGGGCAUUCAGGCGGCGGCGGAACGACUGCUACCAAAUAGCGUUUUGUUAUCUCAAAGAUAUGGCGAAACGACGUCAAUGUCGUGUCUUUUCCGAAUUGGAGGAGGCACUG